AUGAUACAUGGGCGUACUACAGAGAUAGAGGAAAGUUCCAAUAAUGACUCAAUUGCGGCUGCGGACGAUGCGGUAAGUGAUUUAAGUCAUGAAACACUCAUUCGGCGAAGUUAUAUGAUAAUUGUUGCGGGAUUCAUUGCCAACUUUAUUGUCUUUGGCUUUGCGUUUACCUAUGGUGUAUUCCAGGACUUUUAUCUUAGCCAAUCUGGUCCACUUUUCGGUAAGCCUGUCUCUUCUGUUUCAAUUAUCGGUUCUGUUGCUACUGGAUUGACGUAUUUGCUUACUGUUAUGAAUAACUUUUUACUUCGUUUCUUGUCGAUAAAGCAGACCAUGUUUCUAGGGUCGUUUUUGAUAGCAAUGGGGCUGAUAUGCGCAUCUUUUGCCCAUGAAAUUUGGCAAUUUGCAUUGAGUCAAGGUGUUUUAUUUGGUAUUGGAAGUUCUAUGACCUACCUCCCUCCCGUGGUGCACGCACCUCCUUAUUUCAAUACACAUCGAGGCAUUGCAAUGGGCAUAUUAUUUUCUGGUACAGGCGUUGGCGGAUUGGUGCUUGCACCAUUGACGAGGUGCCUAAUAUCGAGGGUCGGAUGGCAAUGGGCACUUAGAAUAUGUGGCAUAAUAUCUUUUACCUGUUUAUUACCAAUCUGCUUCCUGGUGUAUCCCCACCCGGCCUAUGCAGCUUCUCCAAGCAGCUCCUCGACUAAAAUUGAGCCUUUAAACUUGAAGCUUGUCUUUAGUAGAAAGUUUAUUCUUCAUAUGACUGGAGCCCUAUUGCAAUCGGCUGGAUAUUUGAUCCCUGGAUAUUACAUGUCUUCCUUUGGGCAAGCGCUAGGAUUCAGUAGUAGUCAAGGAGCUGUCUUUAUUGGGGUGAAUAAUGCCGUUAAUGCACUUUCAAAGGUGAUAGUGGGGCAUUUUUCGGACCGUUUUGGCCGUUUGAAUAUGUUAGUAAGUUGCUGCCUGCUAAGCGCUAUUACUGUUUUUGCGUUGUGGCUAACUUCGACCCGUGACACAUUCAUAUCCUUUGUUGUCAUAUAUGGCGUGGUCUCGGGUCCCAUUAUUUCGCUUCUUCCAACUUGUAUGGUGGAAUUAUUCGGUGUGCAAAAUUAUCAAUCUACAACGUGGUUUCUUUAUUUUUGUCGAGGAGUAGGGACGUUUCUCGGUUCACCCAUUGCAGGUUUAUUUGUGCAAAAUGGUGCUUUCUCGGUUCACGACUACCGGAACGCAAUACUGUAUAAUGGGUCUCUUUUCUCAGCUAACUUCCUAUGCUUUAUGUGUAUGCGAGUGUUUGUUGCCUCCGGUAACCACUGGAAGAUAAGACAGUAG